UCGGGUGGUGCAUUUGUGAAUUGCGAGGGCGGUGGGUGUCCGUGGUUUCGCCGUUGGUUCGGGUGGUAGUUCCAGUGUUCUGGGUUUCAACUUCUUAUUAAUUCGGUCAGAUAUUUCGAAUGAUACAUUGGUCAACUAGCCGUGAUUCCGUCGCCGCCAACUAGUGCUCAUAGAGCAUUGAGACUGCCACGUAGCACGCGCUGUGCGGCGUCAUCGGCACUUCAUCAAAAUACCAAACGAGCAAGGUCACAAAAUGUCCAGCAUGUCGUACCACAUUCCGAAUCUCCUGGACAAGAUGACGUCUACAGACAAGGACCUGCGCUUCAUGGCAACAAACGAUCUAAUGGUGGAGCUCCAGAAAGACAGUAUCAAACUAGAUGACGAGUCGGAGCGCAAGGUGGUCAGAAUGAUCCUGAAGCUGCUAGAGGACAAGAAUGGCGAGGUCCAGAACCUGGCUGUGAAAUGCCUGGGCCCGCUGGUGGUGAAGGUGAAGGAGCUGCAGGUGGAGACUAUCGUCGACACGCUGUGCAACAACAUGGUGUCGGACAAGGAGCAGUUGCGGGAUAUCAGCAGCAUCGCGCUCAAGACUGUCAUCAACGAACUGCCGCCGGGCGCCAGCCUGCAGACCACCAGCGUGUGCCGCCGCACUAUCGUACAGCUGUGUCGCGCCAUCAGCAUGGCGACGGAUGUGUCGGUACAGCUGGAGGCGCUCGACAUCCUGGCCGACAUGCUCUCCCGCUUUGGCUCGCUGCUGGUCAGCUACCACGCCAGCAUCCUGGAGGCCCUGCUGCCACAGCUCUCCUCACCGCGUCUGGCCGUCCGCAAGAGGACGAUCAUCGCUCUCGGUCACCUGGUGCUCAGCUGCAGCAUCGACCUCUACAGCAAGCUGAUCGACCAUCUGCUCGAGUGCAUUCAGCGCAAGCAGGACAACUCGGCUACCCGCACCUACAUCAACGCCGUGGCCGCCAUCAGCCGCGGCGCGGGACACCGAUUCGGCGAGCACCUGGAGCGCGUGCUGCCGCUGGUGGUGGGCCACUGCCAGGUGGACGACGACGAGCUGCGCGAACACUGCCUGCAGGCGCUGGAGGCGUUCGUGCACAAGUGCCCCAAGGAGGUGACGCCCCACAUCGGCACGAUCCUGGGCCUGUGCCUGCGCUACCUCUCGCACGACCCCAACUACAACUACGCCGACGACGAGGAGGACAUGGAGGAGACGGACGGCGACGAGGACGAGAACGAGGACGACUACAGCGACGACGACGACAUGUCGUGGAAGGUGCGGCGCGCGGCCGCCAAGUGCCUGGAGGCUGUCAUCUCCACCCGGCACGAGAUGCUGCUCGACUUCUACCGCACCGUCUCGCCUGAGCUCAUCAACAGGUUCAAAGAACGCGAGGAGAACGUGAAGGCGGACAUUUUCCACGCGUACGUGUCGUUGCUGCGCCAGACCAAGGCCAGCACGUCGGUCAUCGACACGGACUUCAUGGAUGAUGGCGAGUCGCCACUCACCACCCUGCAGCAGCAGGUGCCGUCUCUGGUGAAGGGCAUCCACCGGCAGCUGAAGGAGCGCAGCACGAAGACGCGCCAGGGCUGUUUCUCGCUGCUGCGCGAGCUCAUCCUGGUGCUGAAGGGCGCGCUCACUGACCACAUCGGCAUGCUGAUGCCCGGCAUUCAGUACUCGCUCGGGGAGCGCAACGCCAGCAGCAACAUGAAGAUCGACACGCUGCUGUUCGUGCACUGUCUGCUUGUGAACCACCGGCCGGAGGUGUUUCACCCGUACGUGGACCGGCUGCUGCCCUGCCUGGUGACCGCCGUCAACGACCCCUUCUACAAGAUUACGGCCGAGGCGCUGCACGUGCUGCAGGAGCUUGUGCGGGUCAUCAGGCCGCUCGACACGGCCAGCAAGUUCGACUUCACGCCGUACACGGCCGACAUCUACUCGGUGGCGCUGUCGAAGCUCCGCGCCGCCGACAUCGACCAGGAGGUGAAGGAGCGCUCGAUCGGCUGCAUGGGCCAGAUCGUGAGCUCGCUGGGCGACCACCUGCAGGCGCAGCUGCCCACCUGCCUGCCGAUCCUGCUCGACCGGCUGCGCAACGAGAUCACGCGCCUGACCACGGUCAAGGCGCUCACCAUGAUCGCCGCCUCGCCGCUCAAGAUCGACGUGCGCGUAGUGCUCGGCGAGGCGCUGCCCAUCCUCGGCUCGUUCCUCAGGAAGAACCAGCGGGCGCUGAAGCUGGCCACGCUGACGCUGCUGGACCGGCUGGUGGUUAACUACUCUGGCUACAUGUCGGCGGAGCUGCUGCAGCCGGUGCUGUCGGAGCUGCCGCCGCUGCUGACCGAGGCCGACCUGCACAUCGCGCAGCUCAGUCUGACUGUGCUCACAUCCGUCUCUCACCUGGCGCAGCCGGCCGCCGCGCUCGUCCAGUCAGGCUUCAUGCUCGAGGUGCUGCUGCCGCCCGUCUUCCAGCUGACCAAGUCGCCGCUGCUGCAAGGCGCCGCGCUGCGCACCAUGUCCGAGUUCUUCACGGUGCUGGUGAAGCGGCACAUCCUGCCGGCCGACCGGCUGCUGGCGCUGCUGCUGCAGCCCGUGUCGGGCAGCGGCGGCGGCGCGCAGGUUCACAAACAGGCGUACUCGUCCAUCUCGCAGUGCGUGGCGGCCGUGUGCCUGACGGAUGGCCGCGUUACCAUGGAGAUGGUGCAGCGGUUUCUGCGCGACAUCAAGAGCUCCUCCACCUCGGACGCCCGGCGCACGUUCUCGCUGCUGGCCGUGGCCGAGAUCGGCCGGCACGUUGACCUGAGCGGCGUGGAAGGCCUGAAGCAGGUCAUCCUCUCGGCGUUCAGCUCGCAGUCGGAGGAGGUGAAGCAGGCCACCUCGUACGCGCUCGGCUCGGUGGCCUGCGGAAACCUGGGCCAGUUCCUGCCGUUCGUGCUGAACGAGAUCGAGACGCAGCAGAAGCGGCAGUACCUGCUGCUGCACUCGCUGAAGGAGAUAAUCAGUUGCACGACGUCACGCGAGUCGCUGCACCGCUACGAGGAGGGCAUCUGGAACAACCUGUUCCGCCACUGCGAGUCUCCCGAAGAGGGCACGCGCAACGUGGUGGCCGAGUGCCUGGGCAAGCUGACUCUGAUCCAGCCGGAGUCGCUGCUGCCGCGGCUGCAGCAGGCGCUGCACGCGGCCGUCUCCAGCCCGCUGAUGCGCACCACCAUCGUCACGGCCAUCAAGUUCACCAUCACCGACCAGCCGCAGCCCAUCGACCCGCUGCUGCGCCAGUGCAUCGGCGACUUCCUGCAGAAGAUCGCCGACCCGCAGCUGGAGGUGCGGCGCGUGGCGCUGGUGGCGCUCAACUCGGCCGCGCACAACAAGCCGUCGCUGGUGCGCGACCUGCUCGACACCCUGUUGCCCAAGCUAUACGCCGAGACCAAAGUCCGGAAAGAGCUCAUUCGCGAGGUGGAGAUGGGUCCAUUCAAGCACACGGUGGACGACGGCCUGGACCUGCGCAAGGCCGGCUACGAGUGUAUGUACACGCUGCUCGACUCAUGCCUGGACCGGCUCGACAUCUACACCUUCCUCAACCACGUGGAGGACGGCCUCAAGGACGACUACGACAUCAAGAUGCUCACCUACCUGAUGCUGGUCCGGCUGGCCACGCUCGUCCCCAACGCCGUCCUCCAGCGCCUGGACCGCCUGGUGGAUCCGCUCCGUACCACCUGCUCGGCUAAGGUCAAGCAAAAUUCCGUGAAGCAGGAGUUUGAGAAGCAGGACGAGCUGAAGCGGUCGGCGCUGCGCGUGGUGGUGGCGCUGCUGGCCAUCCCGGACGCCGACAAGAACCUACAGCUGUCCGAAUUCCUGUCGCACAUCAAGUCCAGCCCGGACCUGCAGGCGCUGUUCGACUCGAUCCAGCACGACUCGCCGCCGGACGCCGCCGCCAUGAUGGACCUGAGUUGAGGCGCCGGCCAGCGCCGUUGUGUCCGAUCGGAGCCGCGCCGGCUCCAGGUGCGCCGGCGCCGCGGCGCCACCUUGCCGUUUUGUAACGAUCAUCAGGCCGAGUCCGGAAGUCGGUCAGGCCGUUUGAAUGUUGGAUCGAUUCAUUGUACGCUUAGAAAUGUUAAUAAAUAAUACAUUGGA